AUGUCUCUGAUUAAGCCCGUCACUGUAUAUGUCCUAGGAGGUGGCCCGAACCCCUUCAAGGUCUUGAUCACCCUGGAAGAGCUUGGCAUUCCAUAUGAAAAAAUCGAGGUCGAGGACGUUAAGAGCGAAGCAUUUCUCAAGCUAAACCCCAACGGUCGUACCCCAGUCAUCACAGAUCCCAACAAUGACAACUUCACACUAUGGGAGUCUGGCGCGAUUGUCGAGUACCUGGUCGAGAAGUACGAUGCGCUGGGGAGUUUGACCCUCAAAGACAAGAAUAGCAGAUGGCUGCUGCAACAGUAUCUGCACUUCCAAAUGUCGGGACAAGGCCCCUAUUACGGACAGGCGGUGUGGUUUUACCGACAGACCGAAGACAUCCCAACCGCCAAGCACAGGUACAUCGAGCAAGUCUUGAGAGUAUUCGGCGUCUUGGACGGAAUUCUCAAGGACAGGGAGUAUCUCGUUGGUGGCAAAUGGUAG